AUGAAGACUUCAAUCUUGUCCGCCGUGGCUAGCCUUGCUGCUAUUGCGGCUUGUCAGAACUCGACCAUUACUUCUUCUACUACUUCGCAUGUUGCAUCGGUCUCCAUAUCCUCCUCGGUAACCGCAAUCACAGUCGCUCUCGACGGUUCAGCUCAGUUCACCGCUAUCAAUGCUGCCGUCAACGCUGCUCAGAACAGCGGCAUUCCUACAGUCGUUGUCAAGGCUGGCACCUACUCCGAGUCCAUUGCUAUCAGUGGAACUCAGACUGUGACUAUAAUCGGCCCAACCGCGAGUUCCGUCGCACAAAAUCAGGUCAACAUUGUUGCAAACAACGCCAUCGGAGUUGUGAGCAUUACUACAUCUAAUACUCAGGGUAUCACCUUGAAGAACUUGAACUUGACCAACCCUGCGACAAGUGGACUUGCUCCUGCUGUAUCUGUCAGAGGUUCCAAGCACGGAUUUUACACCUGCGCCUUCGUUUCCAGCAGUUCCGGUGUCUACUACUCUUCUCUCGGAACUUCUUUGAUUGCCAACAGUUACCUGGAGGGCACAGACAAACUAUUCUACAACUAUCUUACUGUGUACGUCUACGGAUCUACAAUUGUUCCCACCGCAAGCAGCGCCUCUAUCAUGUACGCCCAGGGUGUGGCCGCUGGUCUGUCUAACGCUGGUAACUCCACUCUCGUGGUUGACUCUAGCUCUGUGAUUCAGAAAGCUGGCAACACUAAUACGUACGUCUAUCUUGCGGCACCCAACGUGAGUGGCAACUUUACCCAAGCUAUCUACCGCAACAGCAAUCUCGGAAGCUUGAUUGCACCAAGUGGAUUUAAAAGCACUACUUGUAGCUCUGCCGCUUUCUAUGGAGAGUUUUCCAACUUUGGCCCGGGAGCUUACUCGGCCAAUGCACAGAGUAGACCUGGCGGCUGCGACAUCCAAUUGUCUGUCGAUCAGGUAUCUGCUUUCACCAUCGAUAAAGUUUUCGGGAACGCAUUCGCUGGAUACACUUCUGAUACCACCUGGAUAGAUUCUAGUGUCUUGAGCGCGAUUCAGAAGUCCGACUCCGCUCAGAUUGCUACUGUCUCAGGCUCCUCCUCCGCCUCGAGCUCCUCUGCCACGAGCUCCUCGGUCUUGAGCUCCUCGGUCUUGAGCUCCUCGGUCUCGAGCUCCUCGGUCUCGAGCUCCUCCAACAGUCUUUCGGCAUCAUCAUCUCUUUCGUCUGCCUUGUCUGUAUCGACAGGUAGCAGCACUGUUUCAGUCUCCAGUUCGAGCGUUUGUGCUACACCCACUCCUUCGGCAACUCUUGUUGUAUCUCAGAACGCUACCGUGUGCCAGUACAAUAACAUCUCUGCUGCUAUUGCUGCUAUUCCCAAUGACAGCCAGCCUUACACCAUCUACAUCAAACCUGGCGUCUACAGCGAGCAAAUCAGCAUUACCAGGAAUGGCAAGGUUACUCUUAUUGGUGAGACUAGCUUCAAGAACGACUAUAGCCAAAACCAGGUCAAGAUCCAAUUCUCAAGUGGUCGCGGUACAAGCUUGGGUCAGGACGAACAGACUCCUGUUAUCAAUUCAAAGAAGACCAACGACAACUCUGGACUGGCUUUAUACAAUAUUGAUUUCGUCAACACCUAUCCCCAAACUGCCAACACUGCCGCUCUUGCAGCUGAUUUCUAUGGCAACAACAUGGCCUCUUAUGGGUGUUCCUUCAUUGGUUUCCAAGAUACUCUUCUUGCCAACAAGGGUACCCAAGUCUUCUCGAACUCUUACGUUGAAGGCUCGAUCGAUUUCAUCUGGGGAUACGGCACAGCAUACUUCUAUCGAUCCGUUAUUGCUUCGAACACUAAAGGCGCAUGUAUCGCUGCUCAAGGCCGUGUUGUGACUACUCCAGCUGCGUACAUCUUUGAUGAAUGUUUGGUCACAUACACCUCUACCUACGGAAGCACGUUUGCCGCUAGUUAUCUUGGUCGUCCUUACAGCAAUUACUCGACAGUUGUCUACAAGAACAGCUACCUCGAUAAGCACAUCAACGCUGCUGGCUGGCAGGUCUGGCAGACUGGAAAUCCUCAGACCUCCAACGUCGUGUUUGGAGAGUACAACAACACUGGUCCCGGAGCAUGGGUCUCAGGAACUGCCCGUGUUUCUUUUGCUACCAACAUGACCGACGAUCAGGUUGCAGGCUACAGUCUCUCGACUUGGGUUGGCGACACCAGCUUCAUUGAUCAGGCUGCAUGGAACUACGAGCCGUCUUGGAGCUUCCCUGCGUCCACGACUACUAGCAGCGCUAGCAGCACUUCCUCAGGUGUUUCUGGACCUACUAGUACUUCAUCGAUUAAUGCCCACCCUGACAGUGGUAGCGUCCCUCCUCAGUACGCAGUGGUCGUUUCGGCUGAUGGUCAACACAAUGCUUCAUUCACAAACUUGACUGCUGCUCUCGCCUCUCUGCCUAACGAUAGUACCAACCAGACCAUCUUCCUCUACGCAGGCUCUUACAACGAGCAGAUCCCUUCGAUCAAUCGCCCAGGUGCCGUUCGUGUUAUCGGGUACACUCCUGGUAGCCCCGGACAGAGCUACAAGGAUAAUUCCGUCACCGUGACAUUCGCACGUGGUCUUUCGGUGUCCCCUCUGCCCACCGGCCACAGCGAUGCGGAAACUGCGACCAUCGCCACUGCCUCCAACAGAAUCUCGUUCUACAACAUCAACUUCAUCAACUCUGAUAACCUUGAUGGACUGGAGUCAAACUACGUGACAUUGGCCGCCUCGAUCUAUGGCAACGACAUUGGUUUCUACGGAUGCUCCUUCGAAGGCUGGCAGGAUACUCUUCUUACUGGUGCAACUGCUGGCUACCAGUAUUAUGAAUCCUGCUACAUUUCUGGAGCCAUUGACUUCAUCUGGGGUUAUUCGAAGAGUUUCUUCAAGGGCUGCACUAUCGGCGCUAAGAAACAAAAGUCCGCCAUGACUGCUCAGAGUCGUGCUUCUGCUUCCGCCAUUGGUGGUUAUAUCUUUGAUCAGUGCUUGUUUACGGCUGCCACUGACGCAACGGUUGACCUUACCGGUACAGUCUACCUUGGUCGUCCUUACUCCGCUUAUGCACUUGUUGUUGUCAAGAAUUCUUACCUUGAUGACUUGAUCAAUCCAUCGGGAUGGAAAAUUUGGUCGGCUACCGACCCUCGCACCGACUAUAUCACCUUUGCCGAGUACAACAAUGUCGGUCCUGGCUCUUGGGCAAACAAUGUUGCUGCACGUCAAGCUUUCGGCAAUGCCACUCUCUUGACAUCUGAUACCUACUCUCUGGAGACAGUCAUGGAUGACACUGUUUGGAUCGAUAAGACUUAUUGGAAUUCAAUCGUUACACCUGAACCUGCCGUAGUCAACACCACCACCUCUACCAACGUUACAGUCUCUGGAUCGAGCUCUUACAAUGGUACCGUGCCUCCUACUGGCGCUCUCGUCGUUUCUAAAAACGCGAUUGAUGGUGUUACGACUUACGAUACCAUUCAAGCCGCUCUUAAUGCUGCACCCACCUCGAGCAAUACCAAUGCUACUAUCUUCAUCUAUCCCGGUGUCUACCAGGAACAGUUGAUCGUCAACAAGAGCGGCACAACCAUCUUCAUGGGCUACUCCGACUCGACCGAUGAUUACAACGAGAACCAGGUCACCAUACAGCAGUCUUAUGGCGAGGAUACCCAGGGUACUGGAAGCGAUGUGGACGCUGCUACUGUCUACGCCACUGGAAACUACUUCUAUGCCUACAAUGUCAACUUCAGAAACAACAAUGGCACACAGCAAAAUAUCGCUUCUCUCGGCUUUGCAGUCAAGAGCAGCAAGUAUGCCUUCAUGCACGGCUGUCAGAUCUAUGGUAAUCAGGAUACUCUUUACAUUUCCGGAAACAUGUUUACAUUCAAGAGUUACAUUGAGGGCAAUGUUGAUUUCAUCUUCGGUGCUGGAUCUGGUUACUUCCUCAACUCGACCAUUUCACCCAAUGAGGAUGGUGAUUCCAUUACUGCUGCUAAGCGUGCAACCAACACUACAUCUGCUGGCUUCGUCUUUGACCAGUGUUCUAUUGUUCCUGCUGCAGGCUCCUCCGGAUUCAAUAAUGUUUCGCUAGGACGUCCUUGGAACAACUUCGCUCGUGUGCUCUAUGCUGGCUGCUAUCUCGAUGGAUCAGUUGGCUCAGCAGGUUGGACUCAAUGGAGCAAGUCUUCGCCUCAGACUGAUGGUGUCACCUUUGCCGAGUACCAUAACUAUGGCCCUGGAAGCAAUACUUGCAAUCGUGCCAGCUUCUCGCAGCAGCUGUCUGAUGCUGAUGCCGCUCAAUUCCAGUUGGCCGACUUCUUCCCUACCACUUCAUGGAUUGACUUCUCUGUUGUUGAUGUUCAGCCCUUCACCGCUGGCUUCGGCUCUGCUCCCGCUGGAUGCGUUAGUUCUUCAUCUUCCUCCAUCCUUCCAACAUUGUCAAGCACCAGCUCUACAACAUUGCCUUUGGCCACGACCCAGAUUACCACAACCAUCAUCCAGAAAGCAACCACCUAUACCACAGUGGUGCAAGGAGAUGUCACAUCGACCGCCGUGAUCUACGUCACCGAGAAUGAUGGCACUACAGUGACGCCCGAUCCUAUUCUCAAAACCUCAAUCGUCAAGUCAACUAGUGUUGUGGUUUCUACAACAACGAAAGCAGGCAAGACGACUACAGUCAAGUCUACCUCGGUUGUUCUGGCUACUGCUACCGCCUCUGCGAAGGAUGUAACCAUCAAGCAGACCUCGGUCGUCUCGAGCGAAACAACCAUUGCAGGCAAGGAUACCACCGUCAAGAGCACUGAGACCGAUUACUUCACGACUACCGUUGCCGGUAAAACUUCGACUGUCAAAGCAACUAGCACCGUUCUUGUCACCUCAACAUCAUCUCCAAAGCCAACCACCGUUACUGAGAAUCUCGGCUCUCUGGUGACAAUUUAUCAAACUUCGACCAUGAAGGGUUCAACAAUCAGCAGUGUCACUACGGUUCAAGCGCCAGAUGUCACAUCCUCGACGACUCUCAAGCCAUCAACUGUAACCGUCUCGAGCUUCUCGAUCAAAACAACCACGAAGGGAACAACCAUCACCGCUUCGUGUGUUCCUACUGCAGAUGCUGCCAGACUUUUCAAGAGAGGAAUUGAGGCUCGUGCUGCUGGAACCACUACAAUUUAUAUCAGUACUACAGUGACCUCGUACGUCAAGACUUCGGUGUUCACCAGUGCGGGAUCAACCAUCUACACUAGCGUGACGAGUACUAGCACUGUUGCACCGACCAGCACACUCAAAGCAGCUACUUCGACGGUUCUGAGCACUUCGCUUGCAACAUCGAUUCAAGUCGUCACCGAGAGUGCUGACGCUGCAACCUCGACCUCGGUCAUUCUGUCAACUUCGGUGACUACGGAAACCAUUGCAGGAUCUACCGUGACCAGUCUUGCAUACAGUACUGCAUUCGAUACUGUUUCUCUGCCUGGAAGCACUUACUACAGCGUUGCAACCAUCAGCUCGACCGAGAGUAUUUCUGCAUCAGCAGCCACGGUGACAAGCUUCAAGCUCGUUUCUAGCACCACUGUCGUUACUGCCGAGCAGUCUACAUUGACGAUUACCAAUUCUGCAGAUUCGACAACUACAAUUCAGACAACGCUUCCGGCAUCUACUACGACAGUCUUUAAGACUAGCUCCCUGAAGGGCAGCACGGUCAAGGUUUCUGUGACGCCUGAGCCUACAACCAAAACGACGGUUGUGAAGAGCACAUCUACGGUCUUCACGACUGUUACAAAGACUGCAAAAGAUGCACCUGCUUGUACAGAUUAG